AGGACGUAUGAAAAUGAAGACUCCCACCCCCUAUCCCCCACUAGAAUUAUAGUUCUUCCGCCGUAUCUUCUAGGCCUCAAGUGUGAGUAGUUGCGCAACAUCAAAUAAAAUGACGAAAAAGCAAGAAAGGAAACACGCGUUACUAAUAAGUGAGAUCAUGACUAAAAAAGACCAACAAGGUUGUAGGACUGUUUCAUCAGGAACAAGUUCGGAAAGUGUCAAGAAUGGUGGUGCCACUGCUACAACCUGGGGCUCGACCUCUAGGAACUCCGAUAACGCUGGAGGGCCGAAGCCGAACGGUACAAGCAAUAGCUCGAGCACCACAACGAAAGAGAUCGCGAUCAAGGACGAUGGGAGAAGGAGCAACAAUGAAGACACGAAUGACUCGCCUAAGCGAUUUCCCGUUAACUCUGAACCUGGAGCUAGGGCCUCGAACAAAAAUGCAGGUUCUUUUAUCACGUGGUCGCAACCGUUCGUAUUAUUGGAGAAACCCCAGUUCUUGGUUAUCCAUAAGCCAGCAUACUGGACCUGCGAACUGGUUUUCGAUAACAAGCAUAAGACAGAGACCAAGAGCACCUCCUCUGGUGAUGUCCUCGUCAACAGCAAAAACAAGAGUGCAGCAGGAGGAGCUUCUGCUGGAGUCGUACGGUCGCUUGCAAACUGGUUACAAGACCGGAAAGAUUCGCUUAGCAUCGAAGAAGCGCUCUUCCGCAUUGAGAACAAUCCAGCACUUAGUGGUGACACAGGAUUCGGGCCGCUGUGCCACCGACUAGACAGGGAAACGUCAGGGCCUAUGCUCGUUGGCAAAACUGUUCGGGCAAGAAAGCUGAUCCGAGAAGAAUUUCAUAGGCAGCGCGUGUCGAAAUGCUACAUAUGCCUAGUACACGGCAAACUGGGUGAUCUCGGUGGGAUGUUCUCAACACAUGACGAACCUUCGUCUUCCAAUGCGCGGUCGAGGGUGCUCCACGAUGGAGACGAACAUCACAUCGCUGAAGACAGAGCUGCAGCCACGAAUAUUAAAGAAAGUCCUUCGGACCACGAUGAUAUCUUCGACACGACACGAGCGUCGCAUUUUCAAGUGGUUAAUGAUCAAAAAAAUAAGAAGAAGGGCGUGACUAAAUUUGUGCUCGGCUCAGCCGCUUCAACUUCGACUUCCUCGACGUCAAUAUCAAAAAAAUCGUCCGUUGUCGCAAAGCACUCGCCUCAGCAACAUGGUAGUGCUUCUACCACGGCAGCACCUGUUGCGGAGAACACACGUCAUGGUCAGGGCUCACGACACCUGCUGCAAGGUUCCCUCACGUUUCCGAUUCGCACCGUAAGAAGUGCCACAACAACGCGGAGCGAAGUCUCUAAUGCAAAAGGUGCAGAACCUGCUAGAACAGACUAUCAAGUUCUUGCGUGGUACAGGAGAAAGAAAGCUCGUUUUGCAGGGUUCAGAAACGAUAAAGAGCAAAAUCGUCGAGAUGGAACGAUAGGCGCUCUAUCUAGUAUAGCUGAAGUUGAGCAAGGCAAUGGGCAAGAACAAGAUGAUACAACCGUGGUUGUGGGCCAUCAGGAUGGCCCGUCGUCUUCAUCAGAUCUUAGGCACGACAGUGAUGAAUACUUUUCUCUCGUUGCGUGCCGGAUUCACAGUGGCCGCACGCAUCAGAUCCGUGUGCACAUGCAGCAUAUUGGGCAUCCGCUAGUUCAAGACGACAAGUACAAACUACUGGCGUCUUCGUCUUCAGAAGGUAACAGGGAUAAUGAUGAUGAUGAUGAUGAUGAUGCAGCAAUAUUUGCCAAGCAGCUAGCCACUGGAGGGUCUGGCACCAGUGUGGCCUUUAAUACUGCUGCUGCUGCUCCUGCUGCUACUUCAAGAUCAAAUCCAUCUGGUGCUGCGCGGUCGCUCUGUCCUCGCUUGUUCUUGCAUUCGUACAUGUUGGGCUUCAAAUUUGCUGGUGCGAAUAACAACGUGGGUAGAGGACUUCAACAGGACCGAUCCAAUUACUACGAAGUUCUUGCUGUCUUGCCUGGGGACCUUAAAAAAUGCCUGUCUCAGUUGCAAUUAGUGAAUGUUGCUGCGAGUUCUAUAGCACAGUUUGACGGGGUGCGCCGUGUGGACUGGCAGCCCGAACUGAUUGACGACAUACCAUACUAUCAAUUGCAACUCGCGGUCAGCGAGCUAGUGCGAGAAAAAGGGCGAACGUCAGCAAGCGAAGUUCUGCGUCUCGCUGAGCUGAAUGGCGUGCUUCAUGGUGAGAUCGCUAGGGCGUUCAAUUAUCCCGACCUGAAACAGGGAGAACAGGAACCUAAAAUCGACCUGGCUUUGCUAAAUCAAUGGACAGCCUUCGAUGCUGUGCGCUUACCAAGAAAGAACGGACAGAACCGAAGCAGCGGUGUUCUUGACGGGACACGUACUACUAGCAACACAAAUAUUAUCAUGGGCGGCCACGACGAGACUACGACGAGUCGAGAUGCUGAUCUAGAACUUGGUAUUGUGUUUGCCGCUUCACGAAGCGAGUUGGCUGAUGUACGUCGACGCAAACAGGAGGCCGUAGAAAGGGAAGACUAUGCUCUUGCGGCUACUCUAAAGGCUUUGGAGCAGAGUUUGAUGGGCACGGCUGCAGAGAGAACUAUUCUGGCAGGAAUGAACUCUUUAGAACAAGAACAAGAGGACAGCAACAAAAGACCAGUUUCGAGUACGGUAGUCGCUAGCGCGCCGGCGCCUUUUCAAGUAAAUAAAACGAAUGAGACCUCCUCGUCCACCUCCUCCACCCAGCCUAGUACAAGUGGAAGCUCCUUUAGGACAGUCGUAGAUGUUAUUAAGGAAAGCGCAGACAGUGACAGCCAUGACGUGGUCAUAGCAUCCAUGACCAAAACCGUUGUAGGGGAUGCGAAAAAGGGUCCGCCUCGCGGUAACGACGCUCCUAAUGCGAAAGACUUAGAGGCGUUCCCGACACUUGGCUCGACUCUGAGUGCUAAGCCUCCGGCCAAAGCGAAUACUAAAAGGGCUCCACCUAAACGUGAUGGAAUCAAGGACCAAGGAAAUCCAUCUGCGUCUUCCUCCUCAGCCUCACGACCUGAUACUAUUGCUAAACAAGGAUGGUGGGGUCCAGCUCCAGAGCAACAACCUUCCAGUUUCUCUCUAGCCAACUCUCAUCAAGGAAAUUUCAAGGCUUUAACUCUAGAACCGACGCCCGCCGAGACAGUCCUGGGUAAGCAAAGUGGUCAAAGUAAGAGAGCAGGAAGUGGCCUGGCUGCAGUGUCAAGCAAAACCGCAGGCAAGCCCAAUAAGAAAUCGAACUCGUUGAAUAUGACUGCAGGGACGACGAGUGCGAAGCGAGAUGAUCAAGGAGAGAAACCUGUUCGUUACACUAGUUCUGGUCCGCUGUCGUCAGGAGCAGCAGACGACUUGGACUUGCGCGCCGACCCCAGCAUCAAAACAACAGAUGAUGAUAAGAAAGCCAGCGAAAUAACCCAAGGAUCCACGCUGAAACCCAUGUUGAACUAUAUUAGUACAAGCUAUAGCACUGGUGCGGAGGCUGGUAUUGUUCCACUUCGACCUUCAUCUUCGAUCGGCGUUCGCCCUCCGAACUCUAGUAGCGCGACUACUACAAGUGCAACGGGAGAUCCUGAAAGUAUAUUUCCGAAGCGAGUCCUUGUUUCACAAAUGCCACGGGGCGGACGUCGUGCAUUCAUGAAUUACGAAAGACAGGCCACAACCUUUUCACCGACCGAACGAAAAAACAAACCUGCUGCUGUGGAGCUGGUUCCGGGGAGUGCCAGCAGUGGCAUCAAGAAAAAUAAUGAGCAAUUGGAGGGGUUUCCUGUUCCUCCUCGUCCUGAUAUUAAUGUAGACGCUAAUGUACCAGAACAAAAUCAUGAAGACGGCGGGAAGAAUGCAUGCGCUUCAACCAGUCAGCAGCAAAGUAGGCAAGUGAAACCUGCUUCCAAAAAUAGCGGCGGGCGUUAUCUACCAGCGAAAAGAAGAUCUGUGGCAGAAUGGUGCGACCUUUUUUCGGAACGGAUUCAUCAAGAGCAUCUCGAUAGCGCUGAAGUACCCGGCGAGAAAGUAGAACAUGCAGAACUGGAACACCAGCAUGGCAGAAAUGGAAAAUCGUCUACCUCUACCUCUAGAUCAAGUAAUAACGUAAGCCUAGAGAAGCUAUGUGAAUUGGUUCCAGAGUUUGGAAAGCAGAUGCAGAGUCCAGGACCACUGGAGUUGCAGGCGCUUAUACGCACAUUUUUGAACUCGCAGAAGUCUCGAUUUAGAGUCGUGACAGUGAAUAAUACCACGAGUACAACUCAGGUACAGGUGGCUGGAGCAGGUCCGGCAGGGCUAGGUCAAGCUUCAAGCGGUGCUGCUCGGGAAGCAUCAAAACAAUACUUUGUUUCUCUCAUCUUACCCAAAAGUGCGAGCACAGCGAUGGAAGGUGCUGGAGACAGUAAGAAUAAAAAUGCAAGGUGAGACUGAGAGUGAGACUUGCUUUACUGGAGGCCGUGACGCUACCGGCACCGUUCUUUCAACUUGAUAUAUUAUAAGAUUGAUAAUAUUUUCUACAGAAAUCGAAUCCCAUCAACCAAUUUUUUGUCUAAUCUCCACAUGGUGCGUGCACGCCUACACGCGUACCAGCCUCACUCUUUCCCACGAGACCACACCAGAUUCUUAUCAAUCUGACUUCGCAACUGCAGCCAUGGACAGGAUCAUGUGGUUCGGUGAACGUGUUCGUGCACUUACUUGUAGAACCGCCGUUCGGGUUUGGUCCUUGCUCUCCGCCGUAUUUUUUAUCUUUCGACUUCAAUUUUGUUGCUUUCUUCUAAAAGUAAAACGCGAAACUUAGUAUUUAUUCUUGAAAGAUGAAGAUACUAUUGACAGUUAAAAACGAGUGGAUACCGAUACGGAAGAUCAGGGAGACUGACCAUGACCAACCCCAAAACAGCGAGCAUCUGAAAACGCAGCUGAGACCUAGUCCACUAGAAGCUUUUACCGCGGUAAUUGCCACCUAUGGAAUUUAGGCUACACCACAAGCUCAAGCUCCAAGAUACAUUGUGAUGAAGAUUGUAAUGACCGUGGUUAAACAAUACUAGUAGACGAACAAGC